AUGCACAACGGACGAUCACAUACAACUAACCAGAAUGGUAGUGUUGCGAAGACAAAACCUGCUGACAAAUCUAAGACAUUAGUUGCACCACCUUAUUCAAGCAGUAUCGCUAGGCCUUUAGCAGCUUGGCCUCGUGAUCAAGGUGAAGUGUCGGAAUUGUAUAAAGUUGUUCUCCAUCAAAAUACUCACCCUCCAUUAGUUCAAACAGAUUCAUGGACAGUAGCUGCACCAUUUAAAGAACAAAAACAUGUUCGGACAGCUGUCGAAUCAAUUGCUAAUAAUUUUAGUCCACAAGCACAACGUUUAGAUAUACGAAAAUUACCACAAAAUAAACAAACAAUACCAUAUCCAGGCGACGGUUAUUAUCGAGGAGUUGAUGAAUUUUUAAAACGAACACGUGAGGAACCAGGAACACCACAUUGGAUACAAAAAAAACAAAAACGUGCACAAGACUUUCGAAAAGAAAAAGCAGAAAAAUGGGUAAUGCCUCCAUCACGUCCAAUUUCACCAACAGAACAAUUGAAUUUGCUUUCGUGGAUCAAUACCGAAGAAUCAAAUCAUAUUCCUGAACCAAAAAAAGAAGAAGUCGAACGAUAUUGGUAUUAUAUUUCCAAAGGAGUUCAAUCACGUAUGAUUGCACCUGAACCAGCUGAUCAAUAUAAUAGAUUUUGUUUACAUCUUACAUCAAAACUCACUCGACCAUCAUUAAAAUCUUUACAUGAUGAAUUAAAAAAUGAAAUUCACACAAGUUAUGAUCUUGCUGUUCGAAAAGCAGUUGUUGAUUAUAUUUUAUUAGAUCCACAUGAACGACAACGUGUUAAAAUUCAAAAUGUACCAAAAAUAUUUCGUUUACGUACAAUACGUGCACCAAUAGCAUGGCAUGAUACAAUGGAAGAAACAAAAAAAUAUUUAUUAAUAACAUUACAUACAAAUAAUCCAAUAAUGACAUUUUUACAAACACUUUGGGAUGAAACAUAUACACAACAACGAUUAAUUAGUUUUCAAGAUCUUAUUCAAGCAUCAUUACCAAUGAUACCACAUGAUUUUGAAAAAUUUGUUGAACAACGUGUUAAUCAAAUGAGACAAACUCUUAUAUCACAGUGGCUGAAUAGUUGUAGUCGAAUAGUUGCCGAAAAUCGUCAAUAUUGGGAAUCUAUGGUUCCAAUGGAAGAUGAUGGUAGUACGGACAUAGUUGAAUCAUUUUUUAAUACUGUUGCUGCUCGUAUGGCUGCACAUAUACGUCAACUUGUUAAUUCUUCACUUGAAGAUUUUGCAAAAUUUUUUGAAGAAUAUUCUGAUGGAAAUGAUUUUAAAACAAAAAAUCCUGAAUCUAUAUAUCAUGUUAUGGAUUUUGCACAAAAACCUGUAUUUAUACAACGUUUAUAUGCUGAUGGACCUAAAAUAGCAUUUGAUCCAACAAAUCAAGAUAUUCGUUCAAUGCUUCAACGUUGUAUAAAACAUAUUGUUAAUGGUGCUGCUAAUAUACCACGUAUUGAAUCACAUUUAUUUGAUUCAAAAACAAAAUUACUUAUUCGUAAUGUACGUAUUGACGAAGAAAUUGUUGAAAAUACGACACAACGUGUAUUAUAUGUAUUAACAAAAAAUAUUCCUGGACCACAAUUAUAUUUACAUGAAUAUGAUCAAUAUCAAACAUUAUUAAAUAAUAAAUCUGAAUCUGAUACAAUUGAAUUUCUUCGUCAAACACAUGCACUUGAUGAAUUUGAAUUUGAAAUAAAACAAAAAACAGCAUUAUCUAAUGAAAUAAUACUUAAACGUAUAUGGGCACCAUUGAAUUUAUUUAAUUUAGAUUGUCGUGAUCUAAAUGAUCAUUUAAUAAAAAUUGUACAAAAAUUACGAAAUAAAUUAGUUCAACAUUGUAUUGAUGAUAAUUCAAAAUUAAAUAAAGAAAUUGUUCGAGAAUAUGAUGAAAUAGCUACAACUGUUAGUGUACCAGCUGAUGAAACUGAAGAAUUAGUUAAAACAGCCGAUUAUCUUAAUAAAGCAUUAGAAACGACAAUUUUUAAAUUAGCACAUAAAAUUGGAGAAGCUAAAGAUCGAUUAAUGUUUUUAUUGGAAUAUGCUCUUAUGUCACCGGAAGAUUUAAAACUUAAUGCACAAGUAUUUCAUUGGCCAGAAAAUAUAAUGAAUAUUUUAGAACUUAAUCAAGGUCGAUUAGCAGCUUUACGUGAACGAGCUGAAGAACGUUUACGUGAUCAUAUUCUUAAAUUUGAAAAGAAACUUGAAGACUUACAAAAAGAUGUUGAUCUAUUUCGACGAAAAGAAGUAUUAAGUAAUGAAGAAAUGCGUUCAAAUGUUGAAAAACUAGCUGAUAUUAAUAAACUUCUUGAAGAAUAUAAACUUGAAGGUGAAUUAAUUAAUCGUGAUCAAACAUUACUUGCUUGGGAAGUAACACCAUUUCCUAAACUGCAAGAAAUAGUUGUUGCUAAAGAUCCAUAUGAAAAAUUAUGGAAUACAGCAUGGCAAUUUUAUACAUCUUAUGAACAAUGGAUGAAUGGACCAUUUCGAGGUCUUAAUGCUGAAGGCAUCAAUGAUGAAGUUCAAAAUAUGUGGCGUACAGUUCAUAAAUUACAAAAAUCUUUAACUGAUCAAGUUGGUCCUCGUCGUGUUGCUGAUUUAAUUAAAAGUCGUAUUGAUAAAUUUAAAGUCCAUAUACCAUUAUUACAAGUUACAUGCAAUCCUGGUUUAAAAGAACGUCAUUGGGAACAAAUGAGUCAAUUAGUUGGCCUUGUAUUACCACAUGAUGAAACAGCAUCAUUAAGUGAUUUAAUUGAACUUGGUUUAGCCAAAUUUGUUGAUAAAUUAGAUGAAAUUGGUGGUAGUGCAUCAAAAGAAUAUUCACUUGAAAAAGCUAUGAGUAAAAUGAAAGAUGAAUGGAAUGAAAUGUUAUUUACAUUUGUUAAAUAUCGUGAUACAUCAGCAUAUAUAUUAUCAGCUGUUGAUGAUAUCCAAUUAAUGUUAGAUGAUCAUAUUAUAAAAGCACAAACAAUGUUAGGUAGUCCAUUUAUAAAACCAUUAGAAGAUGAUAUGCGUGUAUGGUGUGAUCGACUUACUUUAUUACAAGAUAUAAUUGAUAUAUGGCUUAAAGUACAAGCAGCAUGGCUUUAUCUUGAACCAAUCUUCAGUUCAGAUGAUAUUGUCAAUCAAAUGCCUGAAGAAGGGCGAAAAUUUAAUACUGUUGAUAAUCAUUGGAAAGAAAUUAUGAUAAAUGCUGUUCAAGAUGCUCAUGUACUUAUUGCAACAAAUCAACCAGGAAUGUUAGACAAAUUACGUGAAGGUUUUCGUUUACUUGAAGAAAUUCAAAAAGGCCUUAAUAAUUAUUUAGAAAAGAAAAGAUUAUUUUUUCCACGAUUCUUUUUUCUAUCAAAUGAAGAAUUACUUGAAAUCUUAUCUGAAACAAAAGAUCCAUUACGUGUUCAACCACAUUUAAAAAAAUGUUUCGAAGGUAUUAAUCGUUUAGAAUUUAAUGAACAACAAGAAAUAACAGCAAUGAUAUCUGUUGAAAAAGAAGUUGUACAAUUUAAAUCAACAAUUAAUCCAAGUAAAGCACGUGGUAUGGUUGAAAAAUGGUUAAUACAAGUUGAAGAUCAAAUGCUUUUAUCAAUACGUAUGAUAAUUAAAGAAGCAUUAAGUGCAUAUGUAAAUCGUGAUAGAAAACGAUGGGUUUUAGAAUGGCCAGGACAAAUAGUUAUAUGUGCAAGUCAAGUUUAUUGGACAACAGAAGUUGAAGAAUCAAUAUUGAAUAAUACAUUAGAGCAAUUUCUUUUAAAAUCUAAUGAACAAAUUAAAGAUACAGUUAAUAUUGUUCGAGGAAAAUUAGAAAGUGGACCAAGACGAACAUUAGAAGCAUUAAUUGUUAUUGAUGUACAUGCAAGAGAUGUUGUUACAAAUUUAAUUCAAACACAAAUUAGUAAAAUAACGGAAUUUAUUUGGAUAUCACAAUUAAGAUAUUCUUGGAAAACAGAAGAAGAAAAACUUAUGGUUAAUAUGAUUUCAACGGAACUUGAAUAUGCAUAUGAAUAUUUGGGUAAUACAUCUCGUUUGGUUAUUACACCAUUAACAGAUCGAUGUUAUAGAACAUUAAUGGGUGCAUUAAAAUUAAACUUGGGAGGUGCACCGGAAGGUCCAGCUGGUACAGGAAAAACAGAAACAACAAAAGAUUUAGCUAAAGCUGUUGCAAAACAAUGUAUUGUAUUCAAUUGUUCAGAUAGUUUGGAUUAUAAAGCAAUGUCGAAAUUCUUUAAAGGAUUAGCUCAAUCAGGUGCUUGGGCCUGUUUUGAUGAAUUUAAUCGUAUUGAAUUAGAAGUAUUAUCAGUCGUAGCUCAACAAAUUCAAUUAAUUCAACGAGCUAUAGCUGCUCAUCAAAAACGAUUUAUUUUUGAAGAUACGGAACUUGAACUUAAUCCAACAUGUUCUGUAUUUAUAACAAUGAAUCCUGGUUAUGCUGGUCGAUCAGAAUUACCUGAUAAUUUAAAAGUACUUUUUCGUACGGUAGCUAUGAUGGUACCGGAUUAUGCAAUGAUUGGUGAAAUUAGUUUAUAUUCAAUGGGUUUUAUUGAUGCUCGUUCUUUAUCUGGAAAAAUUGUCGCAACAUAUAAAUUAUGUUCCGAACAAUUAUCAUCUCAACAUCAUUAUGAUUAUGGUAUGCGUGCUGUUAAAUCUGUUUUAACAGCAUCUGGAAAUUUAAAACAGAAAUAUCUUGAUGAAGAUGAAUCAAUCUUAGUUUUACGUGCUAUUAAAGAUGUUAACUUACCAAAAUUUCUUGCUCAAGAUGUUCCACUAUUUGAAGGCAUUAUUAGUGAUCUAUUUCCUGGUGUUGUUUUACCAACACCUGAUUAUGCAGUUUUUCUUGAAGCUAUUCAUAAUAAUUCAAAGCAUUUAAAAUUACAACCUGUACAAUUUUUUGUUGAUAAAAUAAUUCAAAUUUAUGAAAUGAUGUUAGUUCGUCAUGGUUUUAUGAUUGUCGGACCAUUUAUGGGUGGAAAAUCAGCAGCUUAUAAAGUUUUAGCUGCUGCUUUAGGAGAUUUAGAAGCUGCAGGAAUGAUGGAUGAACAUAAAGUUAUUUAUAAAGUUAUUAAUCCAAAAUCAAUUACUAUUGGACAACUUUAUGGAGAAUUUGAUAAGGUUUCACAUGAAUGGACUGAUGGUGUUUUAGCUACAACAUUUCGAGAAUAUGCAGCUAGUCAAACAUUAGAUAGAAAAUGGAUUAUUUUUGAUGGACCUGUUGAUGCUGUUUGGAUUGAAAACAUGAAUACAGUUCUUGAUGAUAAUAAAAAGCUUUGUUUAAUGAGUGGUGAAAUAAUUCAAAUGAAUACUCAAAUGAAUUUAAUAUUUGAACCUGAAGAUCUUGAACAAGCAUCGCCAGCCACAGUAUCACGUUGUGGCAUGAUUUAUAUGGACCCAAAUCAACUUGGUUGGCGUGUAUUUAAAGAUUCCUAUAUACAAUAUGAAUUACCAACAUCAUUAACAAAAGAAGCACGUGAAUUAAUUAAUGAUUUAUUUGAAUGGAUGGUUGAUCCAUGUCUUGAUUUUCUUCGUUUUAAUUGUAAAUUUCAAUUAUCAACAUCACCAAUACAUUUAACAUUUAGUAUUAUGCGUUUAUAUUCAUCAUUAAUGGAUGAAAUAGUUGGUGCUGGUACAACAGGACAUGAUGGAAAACUUUAUCCUGAAGUAAAUGCUAAUACAAUGUUACUUUGGUUACAAGGUUUAUUUUUAUUUGCACUUAUAUGGGGUUUAGCUGGUACAAUAACGGGUGAUAGUCGAAAAAAAUUUGAUACAUUUUUAAGAGAUUUUCUAACCGGUACUAUGGAAGAAUAUCCCAAACCAAAAUCAAUUAAAUUUUCAAAAGCAAAUAUUUUUCCUGAACGAAAUACAUGUUUUGAUUUUUAUUUUGAAAAAAAAGCAGCUGGACAUUGGCGUGAUUGGCCUGAUAUGAUAGCAAAAGAAGAUUUAACUAUUCCAGAUGGUGUUCGAGUUGUCGAUUUAAUUAUACAAACAGAUGAAACAGCUCGACAAGCAUUCUUUUUAGAUACAUUUAUUUCACAUAAUCUUCCACUUUUAUUUGUUGGACCAACUGGUACUGGUAAAUCGGCAAUCAAUAAUUAUUUUCUUGUUCGAUUACCAAAAGAAAAAUAUGUUGCUAAUGUUGUUAAUUUUUCUGCUCGAACAUCAUCAAAUCAAACAAUGGAUACAAUAAUGAGUAAACUUGAUCGACGUCGUAAAGGUGUUUAUGGACCACCAAUGGGUAAAAAAUGUAUGAUCUUUGUUGAUGAUUUAAAUAUGCCAGCAAAAGAAAAAUAUGGUAGUCAGCCACCUAUUGAAUUACUGCGUCAAUGGCUUGAUCAAGGUUAUUGGUUUGACCGUAAAGAUACAUCCAUGAUAACACUUCUUGAUCUCCUCUUUCUUGGCGCAAUGGGUCCACCAGGUGGUGGUCGUAAUACAAUAACUGGUCGAUUUUCUCGUCAUUGUAAUAUAGUAUCCAUAGAUUCAUUUAGUGAUGAGACAAUGCAAAAAAUUUUUACAUCAAUUGUUGAUUGGCAUUUUGCACGUGGUUUUGAAGCAUCAUUUCAACGUAUUGGUCGUUUACUUAUUCAAGCUACACUGCAAGUAUAUAAAAAAGCAUGUGAACAAUUUUUACCAACACCACAAAAAUCUCAUUAUUUAUUUAAUUUACGAGAUUUUUCGCGUGUUGUUCGAGGUGUAUUACUUGUAUCAUCAAAUAAUUUAAAAGAUGAAAAAAAAUUAUAUCGUUUAUGGAUACAUGAAAUUUAUCGAGUAUUUUAUGAUCGACUUAUUGAUGAUGAUGAUAGACAAACAUUUUAUUCAACAGUUAAAGAAGUUAUGAAUGAAAUAUUAAAACAAGAUAUUGGUAAAGUACUUGAACAUCUUAUACCAGCAAAUGCACCAUCACCAAAGCAACUUCGAGAUGAACAUAUUCGUGCAUUAAUGUUUGGAGAUUUUAUAAAACCUGAUGCUGAUGUAAAACCUUAUGAUGAAAUAGUUGAUUUAAAACAAUUACAAAAAGUAAUGGAAACUUAUUUAGAAGAUUAUAAUGCUAUAAGUAAAAGUCCAAUGCAACUUGUUAUGUUUCAAUUUGCUAUUGAACAUAUAUCACGUGUAUCGCGUAUACUGAAACAAGAUCAAGGUCAUGCUUUACUUGUUGGAAUUGGUGGAAGUGGACGAAGUUCAUCAUGUAAAAUGGCAGCAUUUAUGGCAGAUUAUGAACUAUUUCAAAUUGAAAUAACAAGAACUUAUGGAAAAAAUGAAUGGAGAGAUGAUAUUAGAAAAUUAUUUAGAAAAAGUGGAGUUGAGGAUGAAUCAUUUAUCGAAGAUAUUAAUAUGAUGUUAAAUACUGCUGAUAUUCCAAAUUUAUUUCCUGCUGAUGAACGAGCUGAAAUAUGUGAUAAAAUGCAAGGUGUAGCUCGACAAUUAAAUCGCAAAAUUGAAUCAACACCAAUGGCAUUAUACAAUUAUUUUAUUGAACGUGUUCGUUCAGCUCUUCAUAUUGUUCUUGCAUUUUCACCUAUAGGUGAUGCUUUUCGUAAUCGUCUUCGUAUGUUUCCAUCAUUAAUCAAUUGUUGUACAAUUGAUUGGUUUACAUCAUGGCCUGAAGAUGCACUUGAAAUGGUAGCAAAGAAAUUUUUAGAAGAAGUUGAGUUAGAAGAUGAAAUACGAGCAAAUUGUGUUGUUAUGUGUAAAACAUUUCAUGAAAAUAUUCGUGUAUUAUCUCAAUUAUUUCUUGAACAAUUAUCACGACAUAAUUAUGUUACACCAACAUCUUAUCUUGAAUUAAUUUUAACAUUUAAAGAUUUAUUAAGAACUAAACGUAAUGAAAUUCAAACAUUAAAAGAUAAUUAUUUAAAUGGUCUCAAACAACUUGAUUAUGCACGUGUUGCUAUAGAUGCUAUGAAAAAAGAAUUAACUGAAUUACAACCGAAAUUAAAAGAAACGGCUGUUGUUGUUGAAAAUUUAAUGAUUCGUAUUGAACAAGAAACAGCUGAAGUUGAAGCACGUAAAGAAAUUGUCGCUGCUGAUGAAGCUGUUGCUAAUGAAGCAGCAGCUAAAGCUCAAUCGAUUAAAGAUGAAUGUGAAAAUGAACUUAUGGAAGCUUUACCAGCUCUUAAAGAAGCUGAAGAAGCAUUAAAUACUUUAAAACCAAAUGAAUUGGUUAUUGUCAAAGCUAUGAAAAAUCCACCAAAUGGUGUAAAACUUGUUAUGGAAGCUGUAUGUGUUAUGCUUGAAAAAACUCCUGAACGUAAAAUUGAUCCAGCAACACAAAAACCUAUCUUAGAUUUUUGGCCAACAUCAGUUCGACUUUUAGCUGAUAUGGAUUUUCGUAAAAAUUUACAAACUUAUGAUAAAGAUAAUAUAAAACCACAAGUAAUAAAAGUAAUUCGUGAUCGUUUCGUUCAAAAUACAGCAUUUCAACCAGUUGAAGUAGCAAAAGUUUCAGCUGCUUGUGAAGGUUUAUGUAAAUGGGUAUUAGCACUUGAAAAAUAUGAUCGUGUUAUAAAAGUUGUACAACCAAAACGAUUAAAAUUAGAAGAAGCUGAAGAAGCUUUAUCUGAACAAAUGACUAAACUACAAGAAAAACAACGACAAGUACAAGAAUUAGAAGCACGUUUAAAAGCUUUAACUGAUGAAUAUGAAACAAAUGUACAGAAAAAAAAUGAAUUAGAAGAUCAAAGAAAUUUAUGUGAAAAAAAAUUAACACGUGCUGUACAACUUAUUGAAGGUCUUGGAGGUGAAAAAGAUCGUUGGACAGAUCAAGCAAGAAAAUUAGGUGAACGUUAUAUACAAUUAACUGGUGAUAUACUUUUAAGUGCUGGUGUUGUCGCUUAUCUUGGACCAUUUACUGUUAAUUAUCGUACAGAUUGUAUUCGUCAAUGGAUUGAUUUAUGUAAAUCAAAACGUAUUCCAUGUUCAGAUGUAUUUUCAUUAAAUACAACACUUGGUGAUGCAGUUAAAAUUCGUGCAUGGCAAAUAGCUGGUUUACCUGUUGAUUCAUUUUCAGUUGAUAAUGGUAUUAUAGCAACAAAUGCACGUCGUUGGCCACUUUGUAUUGAUCCUCAAUCCCAAGCUAAUAAAUGGAUUAAAAAUAUGGAAAGAGAUAAUCGUUUAGCUGUUGUUAAAUUACAAGAUCCAACAUAUGCAAGAACAUUAGAAAAUGCUAUUCAAUUUGGUACUCCUGUUUUAUUAGAAAAUAUUAAUGAAGAAUUAGAUCCAAUUUUGGAUAAUGUUUUACUUAAAGCAACAUUUAAACAACAAGGAGUAGAAUACAUUAAAUUCGGUGAAAAUGUUAUUGAAUAUUCACGGGAUUUUCGUUUUUAUAUAACAACAAAAUUACGUAAUCCACAUUAUUUACCCGAAGCAUCAGUUAAAGUAACAUUAAUUAAUUUUAUGAUAACAUCUGAAGGUUUACAAGAUCAAUUAUUAAGUAUUGUUGCUGCUAAAGAAAAACCUGAACUUGAAGAACAAAAAAAUACAUUAAUUAUUCAAUCAGCUGAAAAUAAACGUAAACAAAAAGAAAUUGAAGAUACAAUUCUUGAAGUUUUAUCAUCAUCAGCUGGUAAUUUACUUGAAAAUGAAACAGCUAUACAAAUAUUAUCAUCAUCGAAAAAAAUCUCUGAGGAAAUUGAAGCUAAACAGAAAAUAGCUGAAGAAACACAAAAAGAAAUUGAAUUUACUCGUCAAGGAUAUUUACCUGUUGCUAAACAUUCAACAAUCUUAUUUUUCUGUAUAUCAGAUUUAGCAAAUAUUGAUCCAAUGUAUCAAUAUUCACUUGUUUGGUUUAUUAAUUUAUAUGGAAUGUCAAUUGAAAAUAGUGAAAAAUCAACAGAUUUACAAGAACGUAUUCGAAAAUUAAAUGCUCAUUUUACUGAAUCAAUUUAUCGAAAUGUUUGCCGAUCAUUAUUAGAACGGCAUAAACUAUUAUUUUCAUUUAUACUUUGUGUACAAUUAGGAAAAGGUCGUGGAGAAGUUGAUGAUAAUAUAUGGCGUUUUCUAUUAACUGGUGGUGUUGGUCUCGAUAAUCCAUAUCCAAAUCCUGCUCCAGAUUGGUUAAAUGAUAAAUCAUGGGCAGAAAUUGUUCGAGUAUCUGAAUUAUCAGAUUUUCGAAAUCUAAUGGCACAUGUCAAAGAAAAUACAAAUAAAUGGAAAAUACUUUAUGAUUCACCAACACCACAUGAACAACCUUAUCCAGAUGAAUAUGAUAAUCUUCAUGCAUUAGAAAGAUUGCUAGUUUUACGUUUAUUUCGACCAGAUAAAAUGGUACCGGCUGUACAACAAUAUAUUAUAAAACAAAUGGGGCAACAAUUUGUUGAACCACCAACAUUUGAUUUACCUGGAUCAUAUUCUGAUUCAUCAGCAAUUACUCCACUUAUAUUUGUUUUAUCACCAGGUGCUGAUCCAAUGAUGGCUUUACUUAAAUUUGGUGAAACAAUGGGUAUUUUUGAUGAACGAAUUAAAACAGUUUCACUUGGUCAAGGACAAGUAUGUUUUUAUUAA